CUUGUUUGUGUGGUGCCGCCGCCGCCGGUGCAGCCGCCGCCGCCGCCGCUGCCCCCGUCUGUACCGCAGUGUCUGCUCCGCCCGCCCGCCCGGGUCCGGCCCGCCCCCCUCUCCCACCCCCGCCCCCGGUCCCGUCAGCGGGGUCCGGAACCUACUGUGCCGUCGCCUCUUCCUUUUUCGACGCCGCCGCCGCCGCCUGAGGAGGCGAGCUAGCCGGGAGUUACACCGCCACCGCCAGCUUUCCUGGCAGCUAAAGGAGGGAGCAGAAAAAUGUAUACCUGAUGGAUAGAAUGACAGAGGAUGCUCUUCGCCUGAAUCUGUUGAAGCGGAGCUUGGACCCAGCUGAUGAGCGAGAUGAUGUUUUGGCUAAGCGACUCAAAAUGGAGGGGCACGAGGCCAUGGAACGUCUGAAAAUGUUGGCAUUGCUCAAACGGAAGGAUUUGGCAAAUCUUGAAGUGCCACAUGAGUUACCCACCAAACAGGAUGGCAGUGGUGUCAAGGGCUAUGAAGAGAAGCUCAAUGGGAAUCUCAGGCCUCAUGGAGACAACAGGACUGCUGGAAGGCCAGGCAAAGAAAACAUCAAUGAUGAGCCUGUGGAUAUGAGUGCUAGACGGAGUGAGCCAGACCGAGGAAGGCUAACUCCCUCCCCAGACAUCAUUGUUUUGUCUGAUAAUGAGGCUUCCAGUCCCCGUUCCAGCUCCCGAAUGGAAGAAAGACUCAAAGCAGCCAACCUAGAGAUGUUUAAGGGGAAAGGCAUUGAGGAACGGCAGCAGCUCAUCAAGCAGCUGAGAGAUGAGCUGAGAUUGGAAGAAGCCCGACUGGUGCUGUUAAAGAAACUGAGACAGAGUCAGCUACAGAAAGAGAAUGUCGUCCAGAAGACUCCAGUUGUACAGAAUGCAGCAUCUAUUGUUCAGCCAUCUCCUGCCCAUGUGGGACAGCAAGGCCUCUCCAAGCUUCCCUCCCGGCCUGGGGCCCAAGGGGUUGAACAGAAUUUGAGGACAUUGCAGGGUCACAGUGUUAUCCGUUCAGCGACCAAUACCACCCUCCCACACAUGUUAAUGUCUCAACGUGUGAUUGCGCCAAACCCAGCCCAGCUACAGGGUCAGCGGGGCCCACCUAAGCCCGGCCUUGUACGCACCACAACACCCAAUAUGAAUCCCGCCAUCAAUUACCAACCGCAGUCAAGUUCUUCUGUUCCCUGUCAGCGUACAACAUCCUCUGCCAUCUAUAUGAACCUUGCCUCCCAUAUUCAGCCAGGGACCGUGAACAGGGUGUCCUCACCACUUCCUAGCCCCAGCGCCAUGACUGAUGCUGCCAACUCACAGGCUGCAGCCAAAUUGGCUCUUCGCAAACAGCUGGAAAAGACACUCCUGGAGAUUCCACCCCCUAAACCACCUGCUCCCUUGCUUCAUUUCCUGCCUAGUGCAGCCAAUAGUGAGUUCAUCUACAUGGUAGGCUUGGAAGAAGUCGUACAGAGUGUCAUCGACAGCCAAGGGAAAAGCUGUGCCUCACUUCUGCGGGUUGAACCCUUUGUUUGUGCCCAGUGCCGCACAGAUUUCACCCCUCACUGGAAGCAAGAAAAGAAUGGUAAGAUUCUAUGUGAGCAAUGUAUGACCUCCAACCAGAAGAAGGCUCUAAAGGCAGAACACACCAACCGACUGAAAAAUGCUUUUGUUAAAGCCCUACAGCAGGAACAGGAAAUUGAACAGCGAUUACAGCAGCAGGCAGCACUCUCCCCCACUACGGCUCCAGCUGUGUCCAGUGUCAGUAAACAAGAGACCAUAAUGAGACAUCAUACGCUUCGACAGGCUCCACAGCCCCAAAGCAGUCUCCAGCGUGGUAUACCCACGUCUGCCCGUUCCAUGCUUUCCAACUUUGCACAGGCACCCCAGCUGUCUGUGCCAGGUGGCCUCCUUGGUAUGCCAGGUGUCAACAUUGCAUACUUGAACACUGGUAUUGGAGGACACAAAGCCCCCAGUCUGGCAGACCGACAGCGGGAAUACCUUUUAGACAUGAUCCCUCCUCGGUCUAUAUCGCAGUCCAUCAGUGGACAGAAAUAACGCCUGUUCCACUUGUACUGCCCCAACCUUGUAUCCUUUACUCCUCUCCUCUCCCGUUGCCCCCAACUUCCGUCGCAUGCAGUGCCUGUACUGGUGCCUACCAUACACGGAAAACAAAACAGAAAAACAGAAGACAAACAGUAGACAUCAACAAGAAAACACACGCCCUGCCCCGCCACCUCCCCUGUAUUUCACACUGCUGCGAUCUGUUCUUCUGCCACUUUCUCUCUUCAGUUUUCUAUAACAGUGAGGUGGAUCUUUGCCUCUGAUAGAGGUCAGAAUGAGGUCCUGGGGAGAAAUCCAAGCCCUCUGACGUGUGUUUCUAAAGUUUGUUUUUAUGCUUUAAUUAUUAUUAUCAUUUUUAAUGAUGUUGUGUGUCCUCCCUUUGUUCAGUGGACGGUUAAACCUUUUUAUUUUCCCCCCAAUAUGUUUUUUUUCCUCUUUCUUUCGUCUUUUUUUUUUUUUUUGGUAAACACAAAUGACAUUCAGUUAAGUGAUAGGAGCAUUGCAGUAGGGUCCCCAACUGCCAGGUAGGACAUGACUGGGAGUGUUAGGGGCAGAAGUUUUUAAUGCACUUAACCCCAGGGUCAGGGGUAGGUGGUGGCAUCAAACAAGGAGGAAUAGCACACCCGCUGUGGGGUGUCUCUGAGCUGCACAGUUCUGGAGGCAGUGUUGAGUAUUGAAGUUGGGCUCUAAGAAUGAGGGGAAAGAGCCUGGAAGGAGAAGCUUUAAAACUUAACCACCCUAGAAUUGACCCAUAAAGAAGGGGGAGAAAGGGGCGUGACAAUGAGCAUAAUGUUGAGCCAAGGAGGACUGAGACCAGGUCCUGGCCUUUUGGAUGCUGGGGGAAUGAGAUUGGUCUCCUGACCCCAGUGGAGACACAGAAGUCUAUUCCAGGCCAACUAGCCCCAAAUUAUUUCAUCUUAUUUUCUUUGUAAAAUUCUCCCCCAUCCCCAUCUCUUUCUUUUCUUUUCUUUUUUUAAAUCCUAAUCUGCCCUUGGUAACCACAGCCCCAUCUGUAAUAUAGAGGAGUGGCUAUUCCUAGCCUGACUUUGCUGGGUGUCCUGGACGUUGGAUGGACAUGAGUGAGUGAAAUGUCAAAGGGAGGAAAUAGAGGAAGAAAGAAAGAGUGGUUUCCCUCCCAACAGUUGCGACUCUCCCAUUUGUCUCUUUACCCUCUGAGCGCCGGGAGAUGAGGGUGAGGGCACCUAACAGAUUGGAGCCCUGCCCUGACCCUGCUGCACUAACUGCAGAGCCAGCCGCUCAAAGCCAGACAAUUCAUGUCAAAACCAAUCCUGGACUUGUGCUAUACAAGUAGUUGUUGUCUUUUUUCUCCCCCAGAAUUCUAUAAAUUUUGCUUUUUUGUUUGUUUUUAUUUUUUUCUUAAGUGCUACUAAUGUAGAGAAUGAAUUGAAUUGUGCAAUGUUGCUGUUCUGGGGAUUGGGGAGAUUAGCAUCCCAUUUGCCCAUACUGUGGGGGAAGGGGGAGAGGACCAGGCUGUUUUUGAGGUAAGGGAAGCCCCUUAAAGGUAGAGGUUUCUGCUCUCCUCAUAGUGUAUGCCCACCUGUCUCUCCAGCCGUAGAAGCUGCCAGAGUUCAAGGAGGGGAUACUCUCAGCAAAGAGGUAUGAAGAGAGGAGUUUAACAUUUUACCCUUGAAAGCCACCUGGGGAAGUUCCCCCACUUUUAUUUUUAAAAUUAAAUAAUUUUUUAAAGUAAGAUGGCACUUUUAAAAUUAACACACACACAAACUGCACAUCCUCCCCAUAAAGUUUGGGGAGGGGAUGGGAGAAGGAGCUGGAAUCAGGCUCAGUUCCCCCCACACUGGCCUCUACUCCCCAUACUCCAGAGCCACUGUGGGUGAUUAUACUGGCCCUACGGGCCUUCCUGGCUUUUUUUCUUUCCUCCCUUCCCCCAAAUUCAUUGAGCACUUAAUAAAGGAGCAGAGAUGCAGCCUGUGUCUGGGCUCCCCCAGUGGUGAAAUGAUCUGGAAGCUAGACGCUAGUAACAGGUAGUGAUGGGGUCGUUUCGAGUAUUUUUCUGGGGAAUGUGGAACCCCUGACUGUAAGUGGUGGGAGAGGGAGGGGGGUUAGUGGAACUGGGUCUGGGAUUAUUUUAAAAUUAUAUAUAUAUAUAUAAAGAUAUAUUCUUACAUCUCUCCUUUGCCCUCUGUGCUUUGAAAGCACUGGAUAAAUCGUUUGGUUUUGCUUUUCCCUCUUCCACGAAAUUGGAAGCUUUUUAAAAAAUACUUUCCCUGCAAGUCAUCUUGCCUUGUGGCAUGUCUGUCUAGCUUCUCCCCCCCCGCACCCCCCAUGAUGAAGUGCCAUUUCUGUUAUGUCUCCCCUCCCCCAGCUCAGAGGUGCUCAGAGGUACAAGGUACCCAAGUUUGUCAAUUGAGAUUAAAAGUAAGGAACAGAGAAUGUGCAAUACCGUCUGGCUGGGGGGUGUCCCUGCCCUGAGCUGAGUCCCUUCCCUGGGAGCCAGGCCACCUUUGAAUGGGGUUUGGAAGUAAUAUGUGUCGAGAAUGGGGGAUGAUGGGGAAGGAAAGCCUGUAGUCGAGUGCCUGCCAAGGUGCUGAGGCGAUAGGGGAGAGGAUGGAGUCUUCCCUGUUUUUAUCCCCUCAGGGUCAGUUACACAGAGGCUGCUUGUUGACUAGUAUAGCUCCGUGACCCUUUGCUCAAUCGCUGAGGUUUGAUUUCUUACCCUCUCUUCUCCCCAUUUUCAUACCCUUCCCAGGGAUUAGUGACAGGGGUGAGGUUCCCCUAAUCAUGGUAAAGUAUUAGCCUUCCACCUCCUCCCUUUCCUCCCUCUCCCCCGUCCUUCUGUUUUCCUCAUUUCUCUACUUUUUCAUCACUGAUUGCCUUGUGUCCCUCCAAGUCUGUUGUUGCUGUCCAUCCCCAGGCCUUGGGCCCCAUAGACACUAAACCUCAUGCCCUAAAGAUAGGAGGAAAGACCCUCUGUUCAGAGUUAUUUUACCCCUGGAGCAUUGACGCUCAGGGUGAUACUAGAGUGAGGAUCCCACCAGUUUUGCCUGGCUUCCUCCAUCCCCAGAGGCUUUAAAAGUAGUAGUAGUUUAUGGACAGUGGCUUACUCUCUAGAAGCCUGAUAUGGGUGGAUAAGCAGUAAGGCUUGGGUAAAACUGAGGGACAGAGGUCCUUAUUUGUCUUUUUUUUUUUUGUCAUUUGACCACAGCAUCUGGACUUCUUUCAUCCCUGGAAUAAGUACUUUUUCCACAUUUUUUGGAUGUAUGUAUGGUAGACAAUUUUUUUUUUAAGACACAGAGAUAAAUGUUUUCCUGCUUUGGUUACCUUUCCUUUCCCCUUUAAAAGGAAUUAGCUAUAGAACUGCUUUGUAAAGAUGCUUCUUGAUAUUUUACUUUUGUUCCUUUUCCCCAACCAUUCCCUUUUCUCCCCACUUCUCCAGAAGGCAUAACCUUCUCUCCACACCCCACACCCCAGUCCUAGGCUCCCUUCCCCUCCAACAAGACCUUCAUUAGCUUAUGAUAUUUGCUGCCGAGAUGUUAUAACAAGGACUCAUUCGUGUAUAUAAGCUAUUUCUUGAUCCAUUUAAAAGGAAUUGUACAUUGUGUAGAAAAAAAAAAAAACUGAAAAAGAGAAAAAAAAAGCCCUAGCCAUGGAUAUUGUGAAACUGUGUUAUGUCAUUUUGUAAUGUGCCCGUUUGUGUAUGAUCCGUGCAAAAGGGUUUCUGGGGAAGGGGAGGGGGUAGGGAGGCAGGGCUGUGGAGGGUGGGUAGGGGAGUGGGCCGGGCCCAGCACACUGAGACUGGCAGCUGCUCCAACCCCAUCCCUCCUUAGAGAUGCCACCUCCCCCACCACCCACCCCUAAUUUGUGCCUUGCCUCCCCACCCUGGAGUAGUCCCUCCGGGUCACCAGCACUGCCUUGGCAGAGCCCACUCCCUACCCUAACCUGCCCACCCUCCCUACCCCCCAGCAUUAGGUUGAUACUGUGGGGAAGUGCUGGGGGUUGGGAGGUAGCCGAGGAAUGGGGCAGUUCCCGGGGGCAUUGAAACCAAGUAUUAUUAUGAAUUGUAAUUGUAUUUGCACUGUUUUUUUUUCCUCUGAUUGCAUCAGCAUAUAUACAAUAUACCUAUAUAACAAAAUUCAGUGUCAAGCUUUCUUAUGCAAGGGAUUUCCUCCAACCCCAAAAAAGAACCUAGUUUCAUGGGCCUUUGAGGGUGGAUUGUCAUGGGAUGAUAGAAAUGAUUUUAACAAGUCAUCCUAAGCAAGUCUCCCCUAGGGAGAGCCAUAUCCAUCAUUGUAAAUUGGGGUGAGGCUGGGUUACUGCAAAAGCUAAGGCUCUUAGUCCGGACUGUGGAGAGUAAAGAGAACCACAACACAAAGGGAGGUGGGUGGUGGCACAGUCUGGAGACCUGGGGUUUAGUCCCAAGCUUUCCUACUAACUUGCUAUGUGACCUUUGGUAGAGUUAAUUUUCUGGGUCAGUUUUCUUAUUUGUGAACUGAUGGCAGACAGGGGGAGAGCAUCUGGCCACCAAGUUUAAAAAUGCUUCCUUCCCCACCUACAAAACUUGAGGUGAGGAAAGUGUUGGGCUGAAAACCCAUGGAGGAAACCAAAGUUACUAGUGUUGAAGUGGGUAAAUGUGUGACAGUGCCCUUGGAGAGCUGUCAGGCCCCUGCUGUUCCUUUUGGUUUAGGAAAGGCAGCAGAGUGAUGUUUAGGACAUCAGUUAAACCUGUGACAUCUUUGCCCUCAUGUCUCUAGUCAUCCAAGGGCAGGGACCAGGCCCCAAGCCCCACCUCACAAGCAGCUGCCCUCAAGGGUGGUUGACCAUUGAAUACCCCAGGUUGGUGGUCACUCACACCCUUAGUGAGCUACAGGAUGCAGAACUUUACUCACUUCUUGGUAGGAGAGCUCAGAUAUAGUCUACAUCUUGUCUCCUUCUCUCAGAUCUCAUCUGAACCCCCUAAAGGCAGCUGUCUCAACAGCUGUCUCCUUCAGGGGCCCAAUUUCCCCACAGCCUGGGCUGAGUACUCCCACACUCUAGGUCUUGGCUGGUAAAGCCUGGAGAGGGUAUAGCAUGGUGGGUGAAGCCCUGGUGAAGGUGGAAGGAUAGAUUGG